AGGGGCUGCGUUACUGCCUCCUGCUGGAGUAUCCUUAGGCCUGCAGUGUCCUGAGUGUCACAUGGUCGGAUUGGUGUGCGUUCGUGUCAAAGCAGGAACUUAAUGUAGUAGUUUUAUAAUAAUAAGUAGCAGAAGAAGAAGAAGAAGAAGAAGAAGAAGAAGAAGAAGAAGAAGAAGAAGAAGAAGAAGAAGAAGAAGAAGAUAAUAAUAUUAAUAUCAUUAUUAUCAUUAUUAUCAUUGAUGUUAUUAUUCAGGGUAGGGGUGCUAGCCUAAACACUCCGAUAUUAACUUUUGUGGGACUAUAAUUAUAUCAAUGCUAAUAAUAAUACGUAUUAUUAUUAUUGUUAUUAUUAUUGUUGUUGUUGUUAAAUAUAAAAUGAGAAAGGGUUUUAUUAAACUAACUAAACUAAAUUUGGGUAAACAUAAACUGUUUAGGAUUAGACUGAUUGAUAACUUUACUUAAGUAAAGAAAAGUAUAGAAGUUUUUUUUAAUCCUGUUAUUCUGGUCAAUUUAUCUUCCAAUUUACAGAAUAUACAUUUUUACCAAACUCAAAAUAAUCCAAUGGCUGUGUGGCCAUGAACAGGAAACACACAUUGCAUUACACAAUAAUAGGAAGUGUUCUUCGAUAGGUGUCAUAAUUUUCAAAUAAAACAAAUAGAACAGAUAAUCUAUGCGGCCUGACUGGCUCUGGUCUUUUCUGUGUAGAACUAUGUUUCCUGUUUGUAUAUAUUAUCAGAGGCUUUUAAAUCAGACCGAAUCACAGACUGUGACUCUACGGCUUCCUCUGUGGGAUACUGCCUCCAUCCUGACGUCAGCUGGAUGGGAUGUGGGAUUGUUUUUCCUCCCCAUCCCAGUCUCAGCCUGACGCAUUCAGAAGAUCAGCUCUUCAGCAGCGGCCCGAGGAUGUCCUGUGUUUUGCCGUCCUUGCCCUUGGAUGAGUUUUCUCCUGAAACUACAUGAGACGAGAAGUGGCUCAGGUUUACACAGCACCCUUCACCAGCACCAGUCAACAUGCGGCCUGAGCCUGUCCUCCUGCAGCAGUGAUGGCAGCCCUCAGCCCUCCUGCUCCUCUCCUCUGUGUGCUGCUGUGUGUGUCCCUGGCCCUGCAGCGCUCGGACCUGCGUCUGGCUUACGUGACCCACAACAGCUUCUUCUACUACUCCUGCAGCCAGGACCCGCAGCCCUGCAGUGUCUCCUCUCUGACUGACUGCAGAUGCAAGGACAUCCAGCUGUCCACGCUGCACCACCCGCAGUCCCACUCCUCUCCUGUUUUCCGAAUGAAAAGUCUGACCGUCUGGUUCACGUCGCCAACGAACACGGCGCGUCUGCUCAACAACUCGGAGGUGAGGCACCUGACCCUGAUCCACUGUGGUGGAUCCGGUGGGAUGUCCCCGGCUCCCCUGGAGGGACAUUUCGCUGUGAAGCAUCUGGAUAGGCUGACGGUGGUGAACCUGCAGCAGCUUCACCACCUUCCAGAUGCAAACAGAGCAACGAGUACAGACUCGAACAGUGACACAGACGGAGACAACAGUGCUCAUCUGGACUCAAAUAGAUACAACCGGGACCGAGACACGUUCCUGGACCUGAUCGCAGACAUGAGGAGAGAUUCCCUGGAUCCGUCCACACCCCAGAUCCAAGACAUCUUCCUGGGCAGGGAGCUGGGAGCAGCGUAUCAUGAACAGGCCAGACUGGGGAUCCUCCACAGCUCCGUGCUGGGGUGGGGGGCAGUGGUCAAAGCCUACACGGUCCAGACGCACAUAGAUAGUGACGGUGAGCUGCCAUUCCCUGACCUCCACCUGCCCAAAUUACCAGUGGCAUCUGUCAUAUACGUCAGCUUUGUGUACUGACACCAGGCCUCUGUCUGAGAGGUGCUGCUGGGAACCACAGCAGGAAGAAGAGACUUUUACAGACUCGGAAUCAGGAGCUGUCCUCGUUUACAUAAAAUGUUAAAAGUCUGUUCACACUUAAAAUAUAUAGAAAACUGCGCCAUGAAACUUUGUGAAAGAGAAAACAAAGUGAGUGACGCAGUGAAACCAGCAGAAACUGUUCUUCAAAUCAUCCUUUUAUUUAGUUUAAAAGUUCUUUCCUUGUCAAAUUCCCAGGACAGAAAUUUAGAUUUGUUUUUCUUCUUCCGAAAGCUUUAAUCAUUGUUUUUCCCUGAGUGAGAAAUGUGCACAGCUGUUUAUCAGCAUGUAACUUACCAUGUCGACUAAUGAGAGAGCCUCUGAGGGACGGGAACAGUCUGCCAGCCUCCUCCAGCUGGAGGGUCCUUUGUUUCCAAAUGAUGUUUAUACUGAAUUGAUGGAACAAUCCCCAAAACAAGUGUUCACCAGUCGAGCAUUUGUCCUUUUUAUUCCCUUGUUUUUCCGUCUCUAAAGGGAGCGUUGUGUCCCAAAAACAAGAAUCUGAUCCAGUUGCAGAAUUCACACUGAAUAUAAGGCCAGAGGAUUUUUUCUCUCCCUGCGAGAAUUAAAUCUUAUUUGAAGAUUAAUCCAAUUUGAACUGUUUAUCCUAAACCCUCCCGAAAGGAGAAAUAAUGAGACUUGAUGAAUCCAAGAGAGAUUAUUCUGCAGUUGAAAAUUGUUCACUGAGACAAAUGUUAUAUAUUGUUCAUGUUAUUGUGCCUCUUUUGGAUAUUAAUUCUUACUCAAGAAUCUCAUUAUUUGAGACAAAUGAAGUUUAGUGGACGGACACAGCAAUAGUAGCAUUUUAAGAUUUUAGAUGUGGUCUAAGAGGAGGGCUAUUUCACUUGAGCUAAAUUUAAGAAAUAUGACUAAAUAGUCUGAAUCUCAAAUUGAUCUUAUAUUGGCCUCAGUAAUGUGUAGGUACGACCCUAAAAUGAUAAGAGGUUUAGAUAAUAGAUGGAUUUAUUACCAUACACAGAACGAUAUACUGUGAAAUACAGUAAUAAUAAAAGAAUAUGAUAAGUUUCAAACAUGAUGGUAAAAGAUUCAUUUAAAAAUGUUUAACCAUCAGUGAUGCUCUGUUUUCACUCGAACACUAAUCGACAGCGAUAAACAGAGGGAAUAACUUGAAAUCCUCAGUGUGAUCAAAGAUCGAUAGAGGUCAUCUGAUCAGCUGAUCCUGACCUCUGACCUUUGACCUCUGGGUCUCUGUCAUAAAGGUUUCCUCUUUAUCCAAAUGUUAUUCUAAAGAAACCUGUCACUGGAGUUGUGAUUCAACAUUCAACCACACGGUGGCAGCAGAUACAUGCAAAUCAAAGCGAGUGAUUCAAACUGAGGUGAAGGAGACUGAGCUAUUUUUCUGUCAUGUUUUUAAAGUGAUCCACAUUCUACAAACUUCUACAUACAUGACACUCAGCACUUUAAAAGCGUGUGAGAAAAGUUUUUAAAUGACAGAGGUACAUUGUUAAGUGUGACCUGAUAUUUAUUUGUGUUAAAGAAAAUAUAUUAGUGCCAUUGGCUUAACUUGUUUUAAAACAGAAAUAAAAGAUUUCGUGACCUGUACGUCUCCUGGAUUUAAAAUUAUUGUCAGAACUUGAUUUGUCAAAUGGAUCACACACAAACAACUUGAAUGAAUAAAGAAUAAAACAAAUUGUGGUAAAAAGACCCUUCAUAUUUUCUUAAAACAGCAUUUUUAAUAACUUUUUAACACAUAAUCCCGGUCAGUCUGAUGGUGGAGGCUAAUUUGGUCAUUUUAAUAUUUAUUUUUUUACUUUAUUGUCUUUUCAACGGAUAUAUCAUCAGGAUGGAGGAUAAUAAUCAUGUUAAAACCACAUGUAUCUAAGAUGGUAAUCCAUCAAUGCCUAGGCUCCAGUAUAAAGACGCUGGAUGCGAGCAGCCCCGUUUACGCACGUUUUACGCACGAUGAGUGUGCGCUGACACCUGCUGCGGAGAGCUGCUUAUUUGCAUGAUAAACGUGUCGUUUUCACGCACUGUGAAUACAAACUGAUGCCGCCUGUUGAUCCCGCACCUGAGAGGGUCAGGGCCCACUCACCGGGGACGACACACGGAGACAUCCCCCGGGUUGUGCAGCCGGGUUGGGCGGGUUUGGACCCAUGUAAAGGUUUGGUGAGAAAAACUGUGACCUGCUCAUUUAAAGUCAAACUCCCCCCCAGUGAGAAUAAAUCAGUGACUUGUCCAGUGCAGAUCUGUUGGGUGUAAAGAGGUGGAGGGUUGAAGUGGAUUGAUUUCAGGUGGUCUCUCUCCUCCAUGUGGCUCGGUCACCACGCUGCCGCCGUCUCCUCACCGGCAGUUACGCACUAAAGCAUUUUUAUAAUCAGACGUUAUUGUUCGCCGCCUCCUUGUGGGAGAUGCGCCCGUGUUCAUUUUUUAAAAGGGCAAAUCAGCCAUAAUUCAGUUUAUAAACUGCGGCGCGCGGGGGAGAACUGCCUGGAUGAAUAUUCAUUAGAGUCCGCCCGAACUGCCACGCUCGUGAUUCAUUAGGCAUAUGUAAAUAUCACUCACUUUAAUUGCCCCUAAACUGACUCAACAUAAUGUUGUCAUUAGCAAAUUAUUACUUAUUUGUGAUACUAAUGGUACGGUAUGGCGCACAGUGCUGCUGCGCCACAUAUAUGAUUGCAAUUACAGCUCUUUUUAUUCACUGGGUGGCUGCAUGAUCGAUCUGCAGUGUGCGUGUGUGUGUGUGUGUCUCUUUGUAUGUGUGUGCGUUGAGUCCAGGCUUACAUAAACAAUUUAGUGUGUUUUACUUUGUCUAUUUACUCGGAAUUAUCUAUAUGUGUGUGUGUGUGUGUGUGUGUGUGUGUAUGUCUGUGUUAUAAUUCCACAGGUUUAAUAAAGUUAAGUUUCGUAUUACUAUGUUGUACUUUUAGAUACUGCAUACUGGUUUUAAUUGAUGUUUUACUUUUGAUGUAUUGUUGCUUAUAGGUGUUUGUUUCUCCUAAUCUGAUUUGAACACUUUUACUUAUUCAUGUGUUUUUAUGAUAUAUAUUUGUAAGGUGUCCGUUGUGAAAUAGGAUUAUUAUUCCUACUAUUAAUUCUAAAGAUUUACUUUAUUAUAGAAAUGCAGUUGAACUUUUGCCACAAGAAACACUAACCACCCUGCUGGAUAAACAAAAUUAAAAGUCAUUUUAUAUAUUUUCAUAUAUAAUUGUGUGUAAAACUAAAGAAGCCAAU